GGCGGCCCGGCGGGGACCCGCGGCGUUCGGGGCGCUGCAGCGGACGCCGAGGACGGCACCGAGGAGACGGCGGGAGCGGCGCUGGUGCUGUCCGGGGACCUGCUGCUGGGCCGUGGCCCGGCCUCCGAGAAGGGACCGCCAGACACGCUGGUGGGGAAGAUCGCCAUCCCAGCGUACGCCCUGAGUGACGACGACUGCUCCUCCGGGUACCAGCAGCUGAGUGUGGAGAGUGACCCCGAGGAGGGGGGCGAGCCCGGCCCCGCCGCCCUGCCCUGCCGCCAGUGCGGGCUGCAGCUGGCUGCCAGCCUGGGGCAGAGCUGCCUGCAGUGCGCUGGCGCCGAGGGCAGCCGCAGCCAGCGCAUCGUCUACUCCUGCCAGCUCUGCCCCUUCGCCUCCCACUACUCCAGCCACCUCAAGCGCCACAUGAAGACACACAACGGGGAGAAGCCCUUCGCCUGCCCGCAGUGUGCCUACGCCUCCGCCCAGCUGGUGAACCUGACGCGGCACCUGCGCACGCACACCGGGGAGAAGCCGUACCGCUGCACGUGCUGCAGCUUUGCCUGCAGCAGCCUGGGCAACCUCAAACGCCACGAGCGGGUCCACAGCCAGGACAAGCCCUUCCAGUGCGCUGCCUGUGACUACCGCUGCAGCCAGAGCCGCAACCUGAAGCGGCACAUGCUCAGCCACCGCCUGCCCGAGAGCGACGGACCGCACCGGCGGGACAAGGACCCAGAGCCGCUGCUGCCGGAGCUGAGCCUGCACGUGGGCAGCGGCAGUGGCCCCUUCCUGCCCGGCUGUGCGCGGCUGCGGGGCGAGGAGGCGGCCGCGCUGCCCGAGCUACUCUUCCCCUUCACAUGCCGCAUGUGCGGGCUGGUGCUGGACGAUGGGUUCGCGCAGGACGAGGGCCUGGCUGAGCAGGUCUGCGGGCGCUGCAGCCUGGCAGUGCUGGGCACCGAGCCGGGCGCCAGCCCUCGCAAGGGCACUGGGGACAAGGGCUUUGCCUGCAGCCUCUGCCCCUUUGUCACCCACUACCCCAACCACUUGGCACGGCACAUGAAGACGCACAGCGGGGAGAAGCCCUUUGCCUGCCCGCUCUGCCCCUACGCCUCUGCCCACCUGGACAACCUGAAGCGGCACCAGCGCGUGCACACGGGUGAGAAGCCCUACAAGUGCCAGCUCUGCGACUACGCCUGUGGCAACCUGGCCAACCUCAAGCGUCAUGGGCGCAUCCACUCAGGCGACAAGCCCUUCCAGUGCAGCCUCUGCAGCUACAGCUGCAACCAGAGCAUGAACCUGAAGCGGCAUAUGCUGCGGCACACAGGCGAGAAGCCCUUCCAGUGCCGGGACUGCUCCUACACCACUGGCCACUGGGACAACUACAAGCGCCACCAGAAGAUCCACGGCCACACGGCCGAGAGCUGGGUGAACCCGCGCAAUGCCAAAGCCCUCCUGGCCCCCCCGGCCGUGGGCACGGCCCUGCCUUGAGACAGCACUUAGCCCAGUGGCAGGCCUGGGGGGCCUCGGCCCCUGCCCUCCCUGGGGGAGGGAGGACGGGCAGGAGACUCUGCAGGGGCUCAGGGCUGCCUUACGCCAGGGCCUCCAGCAGCCCUGUCCUGCCUGAGCAGGGUGAAGCCACGACCGGCAGCACUGCCAUGCCCCCAGCCACCCCACCUGCCUGUUCCUGCCUGCAGGAGCCUUCCUCUGCUGGGGUUUGGGGAAAGGGGGGGGAGGGGAGGACAGGACUGGUUCCAUGGCUGUUGCCAUGCUGGUCGGUGUAAUUUAUAUUGUGUAUAAAAGCAUUAAACAGUCACUUUUGUUA